UAUAGAUGCAACAGUGUCCUGGUACCUCCUUGAGACAGGCCUUCUGCAGAGACAAAUUGCUCCUGCCUCGUGCACAGUGGCCUGGAUCUCUGCUUCAUCCAAAGGGUGAAGUUAUAGAGUCACUGUGACCCCUAAGCCACAGAAAACAAGGACUUCAGAGGUAGUUAUUUUUUCACCAGAUUUUACUCUUUUUUCCUUUGAACCAGAGAUACCAUGUGGGCGUAUUUACCUGGUGUCUCAGUCUUCUCUCUGGAACAUAGGACUUGCUAAUAAUAGUAUUUGCUAUAAUUUCCCUCAAGUUUUGAAAAAUGUGCCUAGUGGAACUGUUUGAUUUAAAAUUUCCUCCCUGCCUUUCUUCUGAUCAGCAUAAAUACACAUAUUGCUUGCCUAUCUGUGCUGGGGACGGAGAAACUGAAUGAGACCCAAAAAUCCUGCCUUCCCAGGUGAGCAUCUUCUGUUGGGGCCACCGAAUGGCACAGUGGCAAUUGUGCUGUCACAUAUCUCGUGCUGCCGUAUUGAUGGCGGAGGAGAGAGAGGAUCUAACAGGCCAAGGCCGCAUGUGAAUGAGCUGAGAAGUUGAUGUGGGAAGACUUCCUGGAAGAGGAGGCCUGCAAUCUGAAUCCUGGAAUAACGAGUUGCAGUUGCUCAGGGUGGGACCGUCCGUGGAGCGGGCGCCAGGAUGCCCCGGUGGUGUGGGUGACCGGCUGUCCAGCCCCAGCACUGCCCAGGCCCGCAUGCCGCCGCCCCGCGAGGAUUGCUCCCUGAGGGCUGCCUGGGGCCCCGUGCCUGUUGUGUCCUGACAAGGAGCCCCCAGCAGCCCGUUCCCACCCCGCCGCCCUGGGGGGCGGAGGAGCCGCAGGAGUGAGCUUCCCGAGCCGGCGGAGCAAGCAAGCGACUGACGGUGGAGGGACCCUGGGCAACGGGCUUCGCGGCUGGCUGGAAACAUUUUCCCCAAGCGGUUGCGCAAAAUGACCAGCCUGUUCCGUCGGAGCAGCAGCGGCGGCGGCGGCGGCGGCGGGAGCGGCACGGCCGGGGCGCGCGGGCCCGGGGCCGGGGGCGGCGCGGCCGCAGCCCCGCAGGAGCUCAACAACAGCCGGCCGGCCCGCCAGGUGCGCCGCCUGGAGUUCAACCAGGCCAUGGACGACUUCAAGACCAUGUUCCCCAACAUGGAUUACGACAUCAUCGAGUGCGUGCUGCGCGCCAACAGCGGCGCCGUGGACGCCACCAUCGACCAGCUGCUGCAGAUGAACCUGGAGGGGGGUGGCGGCAGCGUCUACGAGGACAGCUCCGACUCAGAGGAUAGCAUUCCCCCGGAGAUCUUGGAAAGGACUUUGGAACCUGAUAGCUCCGAUGAAGAGCCCCCACCUGUGUACUCCCCUCCAGCCUACCACAUGCACAUGUUUGACCGGCCUUACCCUCUGGCUCCCCCCACACCGCCUCCCCGGAUUGAUGCACUGGGCUCCGGACCUCCUCCCAGCCAGAGGCGCUAUCGGAACUGGAACCCACCACUGCUGGGCAACCUCCCUGAUGACUUUCUCCGCAUCCUGCCCCAGCAGCUGGACAGCAUACAGGGUAACCCGGGAGGACCCAAGCCUGUGAGCAGAGAGGGAGGCCUGCCUGCCACGGCCGGGCCUGGGCCCCGAGACCAGGAGAGCCGCUGGAAGCAGUACCUGGAGGACGAGAGGAUCGCGCUCUUCUUGCAGAACGAGGAGUUCAUGAAGGAGCUGCAGCGCAACCGCGACUUCCUCCUUGCCCUGGAGAGAGAUCGAUUGAAAUACGAAUCCCAGAAAUCCAAGUCCAGCAGUGUGGCUGUCGGAAACGACUUCAGCUUUCCCUCUCCUGUCCCAGGAACUGGUGACUCCAACCCCGCUGUGUCUGAAGAUGCCUUAUUCAGGGACAAGCUGAAGCACAUGGGAAAGUCCACCCGGAGGAAGCUGUUUGAACUCGCCCGAGCCUUCUCUGAAAAGACCAAAAUGAGGAAGUCAAAGAGGAAACACUUGUUGAAGCAUCAGUCGCUAGGGGCUGCCGCGUCCACAGCCAAUCUCCUGGACGACGUGGAGGGCCACGCUUGUGAUGAAGACUUCCGGGGAAGGCGGCAGGAGACCCCCAAGGUGGAGGAAGCCCUGCGAGAAGGACAGUAAGAGGUGCCAGCAGCUCCUCCUCUCCGGAGGUGAUGUGACCCCGUGGGGACAGCCAGAGUGCAACACUGGCUCCCAGCCGAAGGGCCCAGCUGCAGCCAGAGAGAUGGUGCUUGAGAACCGAGGCCUAGUGGUCUUCCGGCCACAGUCCAGCCCAGCCACUGCCAUUUUCCUUGGGACUUAGAACUUCAGAGUUGCCAUCCUGCUGUCAGAGGACGGACUUGGGGCUAGAGGCACCAGCCAAUCAGAGCCCCUUGUGUAGCCAGGCUUUUUUCUAUGGGCAAGGAGUGGAAAUGCGGGAACCAACCCCCCUUCUGAAAAAAAAGAAAUUCCAGGAAACAUGCAAAAGUUGGAGUAUGGGAAAAAAUGUCAAGAUGACCCUGCCAGAGGCUCUGGUCUGAAGGUGGAGCUCCUACCUCCUGCCCUUCCCCAUCUCUCCUGCGGCAGACUCUACCAGCCCCCACCCCCAGCCCCCUCAGGCCACCUUGUGCCCUUCCUCCCCGAAGCCUCCUGCACCUUGGCCUUUCCCCGGUGCCGACCCUCCGCACGCCCCCUACCCACAGUGCGGGUGGGAGAUGCCUGGGCACCCUCUGUCGGGCAGCCUCCCUCUCCCCCAGCAAGGAUGGGGAGGGUGGGGCCCCGGAGCUGGAGGACUCAGGCUAGGCAGGGUCUUUAGUUUGGCAGGGGACAAAAGCCAGUUCCGGAGUCCUGCCACAGUGGAGGCCCACAGACGGAAGUCAAGCGGUCCUCUAAGGGUGGCAGCGGCGGUUCAGAGUGACCCAGUGAGAAGGCGCGGGCGGAAGAGCCAGGUGGAGGGGCCGUGCGCCUGGGGCAGAAGGGCUCGCCGGGUGCCGCUUGCGAAGAGCCAGGUGCUGCGAGGAGGAGGGAGACUCCGACCCCACGGACGCUAACCCGGCACCAACCACUGCCAAGGCCGGCAGGGCCGCCGCGUCUCCCUGGCCCCGCCCUCGCCACGGGGCCGCGCGGGAGCCUGGGCGGCCGCGGGCGCCGGAAGCGCGGGAGCAGCCUGGGCCCUGGGAGUGGGCUCCGAUGCUGGGAGGCCUCGGUGGCCCCGAGUUCGUGAGGGCGGAGCGGAGGCGAGACCGCGAUCGCUCCUCGCCCCCCAGCCCCGGAGAGCGGCGGGCGCAGGAGGCGGGCCGCGCCGCCGCCGCGAGCGUGACCAAGUUUGGAAGCGCGCGGGCAGGGGACGCUGGCGCGGGCCGCCUGCCGAGGACGGGCGCUCGUUCUCCGCGGCCAGGCCUGCGGUCCCGGGAGGGAGGGACAGGUCCCCAAGGAGCUCCGGGCCGCCAGCCCGAGCUCCAGAGGGGUCUGAGCCCGAGGGGCAGAGGAGGGGGCUGUGGCCCUGACCCCGCGCCCAAAACGGGCGCAAGGCGGGGGAAGCCCCAGCCCCACGUCUGUGUGUGUUGCUUUGUUGUUUUUUUCCUCCUAUGUGUGGGUUUUUUCUUGGAGCUGUUUCAUAGGAAUUCCUGUAAUAAAGACUUGGUGUUCUCUUGGU